AGGAUUGGAAGAUAGAUUAGUGUGUUGACAACUAAGAAGUACAUGCCAGACUAAUUAUAUUUAGGAAAUCUCAAAUGAAUCAUUAAUGAUGAGAGUAUUAGAAUUAUAUAGUGGUAUCGGCGGAAUGCAUUGUGCACUUCAAGAAAGUGGGGUUAAUGGUAGCGUUGUUGCAGCAGUCGAAAUAAAUCCUAUCGCGAAUGAUGUAUACAAGAGCAAUUUUCCAAAUGUUUUACUUAUGAAUCGCAAUGUUCAGUCAUUUUCAGUGAAAGAGAUAAACAAGUUGAAUAUAGAUACUAUACUAAUGAGUCCUCCAUGUCAACCUUAUACAAGAGUAGGACUUCAAAAAGAUGUGUUGGAUAACAGGUCGUCUUCAUUAUUUCAUGUUCUUGAACUUAUACCUCAAAUAAAAACAUUAAAGUUUAUAUUACUUGAAAAUGUUAAAGGAUUUGAGAAGUCUGAAAUGAGAAAUGCAGUAUUAAAAUGUAUCAACAACUGUGAUUUUAAUUAUAAAGAAUUAAUCGUAAGCCCAUGUCAAUUUGGUAUUCCAAAUACUAGACACAGAUAUUAUUUAUUAGCUAAAAAAAACAAUCUUCAAUUUUGUUUCAAUAAUGUUGCAAUAAAUUUUAAUUUACCUGAAGAUGCUCUAAAAUUCUUAUCAACAAGUAAACACGCUUUGUCAGCAGAAAAAAGUUGUAAAGAAAAUAUUGUAACACAUCAGAAGUGUUAUAAAAUAGAGAAUAUUUUGGAAAACACUGAGGAGACGCAAUACCUAAUACCAAAAAACUUGUUGCAAAAGAGAGCUUGGUUAUUAGAUAUAAGGACACGACAAAGUAAUGGUUCUUGCUGCUUUACGAAAGCCUAUGGUCAUUAUGUAGAAGGUACAGGAUCUGUAUAUUGUCCAUUUUCGGAAGAAAAAAUCAAAGAAACAUUUUUAGAAGCAAGUAAAUACAAUCAAGAAUCGCUAGAAAGAUCAGAAACUCUAGAAAAAUUAAGAUUACGAUAUUUUACACCUAGAGAAGUGUGCAGAUUAAUGUGCUUUCCAGAAAAUUUCACAUUUCCAGAGCAUAUAACACGUAAACAGAAAUAUAGAUUAUUAGGUAAUUCAAUUAAUGUACAUGUAGUUAGCAGGCUAAUAUUUUUAUUACAUAUUGAGAAAUAA